UACUUAAUAGUCAAACUAAAACAUUGGCGCUUUAAGCACGUAUUCGGGUAUAUUGUCUUGAUCUGAUUGGAUUUUAUAUAUUUUUGUGCUCGAUUCUAUCACGGUAAUAAAUCAAUCUUUCAUCAAAUUAGUUUAACAGCAAAAAAAAAUAUUUUAUCGGAAUUGGUGAUAACGAAUGAAAAAAUCAGGAAAAAAUUUUUAAUUAAUAAAAACAAAAAUAUUUAAGGGAAAAAACGGAAAACAAAAAUCCAAAACCACGAAAAGAAUUGUUACAACCAAAACGAAAAAAAGAAAAAAUUAAGUGGCAAUUUAUAGUUCAGAAUGACCCUCUAUGAUAAUCUUGCAUUAUUCGGGAACAUUUAGUUUUAAUUUAUGAGGUGAACUUGUGUCAUAAAUUAUAUUUUUUUUGUUCGACGUUCAUAUGAACUGUAAAAUAGACUCUUAAGUGGUUUUAUGGUUAAUAAUUUUGGAAUGAAGUGACAAAAGGUGCUGUUCAUAAGUUUUAUUUAUUUUGUACAAAAUUUAUUGUGUUUUUUCUGUUGUGCGUUUAAAAAAAAAUUAAUUUUUUUGGGUUACUGUAUAUUGGUGGUAUAUUGUAAUAAUGCUUUAUCAGUGAAGAAGAAUAUAAAAGAUAAGAAUAAAAGUAUUAUCCUCACCAAAAGAGAUAUAUAAGUGAUAUAUUAUGCAUAUGGAAUACACAACAUGUGACAUACCUUUUUGGCGGAAUAUCUGUUAAGUGUUUCUCAUAUUAUAUGACUGCCAUAUUCAACUCCUGUGCAAAGGAAUGUUAUGCGUACAACGAUUAAUCAUAAACGAUUACAGUAUCGGUGAUAUUCACAUAUGUAAUUUCAAAAAUAACCGUCGUUGGAUUGUGAAUAACCAUUUUUCAAUUGGAAGGAAUCUCUUCUUGGAUAUUUAUUGACGUGGUCAAUGUUAUGAGCGACUAAGCGUAGUUUCAAUACAUGAAACAUUUUCUUGGCUUCGACGAAACGUAAAUAAAAAUCCUUCUCCAUGAAUCCCGAAAAUUUUGCCAUGUCCUCGUAUCAAUUUGUCAAUUCAUUGGCAUCAUGUUAUCCCCAGUCGCAGCUGGGCCAUCAACAGAACCAUACGUCGUCAGGGAACACCAACAAUAACUCAAACAACACCGGAAAUGUACAAACUCAAAGUAGCGAAUUUUUUCCUGCCUCAGCCUAUACUCCAAAUUUAUAUCCAAGCACCCCUCAGGCGCACUAUGCCAAUCAAGCGUACAACUUGGGCGGACAACAAAAUUCUAGUGAUAUGGUCGAUUAUACUCAAUUACAACCGCAGAGAUUACAUUUACCGAAUCAGCAGCAAUCGGCUCCACCAACCGCUUGUAAAUAUGCUUCAGACACACCUGCAGGAAACAAUAGUACGUCAAUAUCAAGUCCACAAGAUUUGACAACGGCGCGUGAUAUAUCACCGAAAUUAUCACCCAAUUCGGUGGUAGAAAAUGUAACUAGGUCAUUGAAUAAAACAUCCUCCACAACAGUAUCCUCGUCGAAUUCGGCAACGAAUCAUUUAACAAGUGGAUUAAACAAUAGUGUGGGACACACAACAGUUCCUCUUCCGAUGCAUAGUCCAGUGGGCGAUUCGGAUACGUCUAGUGAAAGUGGUAAUGAAGGCGGAGGUGAUAGCCAAACUAGUUCCGGCAAAAAAGGAACUCCACCACAAAUAUAUCCAUGGAUGAAACGAGUUCAUCUUGGUCAAAAAAGUACUGUGAAUGCAAAUGGUGAAACGAAAAGACAAAGAACAUCGUAUACGAGGUAUCAAACAUUGGAAUUAGAAAAGGAAUUUCAUUUUAAUAGAUAUUUGACGAGACGAAGACGAAUCGAAAUUGCACAUGCACUAUGUCUCACCGAACGUCAAAUAAAAAUUUGGUUCCAAAAUAGACGAAUGAAAUGGAAAAAAGAACAUAAAAUGGCUUCAAUGAACAUUGUACCUUAUCAUAUGUCACCAUAUGGACAUCCAUAUCAAUUUGAUAUUCAUCCAUCGCAAUUUGCGCAUUUGAGUGCAUAGGACGCGUGGCACUUUUCGGGCACUGGUUAGAGACUCAAUCAACUGUAUCAAGAACCAUAUCAAGGAUACCAGAACAAUCAGGACAGCACAAUAUUUAGCAACACUGAUUCUUCCAAGUAUCCGCAAGAGUUCUGAUCUCAUUUGAAACUAUUGAGAUGCAGUUGCUAUGAGCAUAAACUGGUCUACAAUACUGGUUGUUAUGGUUGUAGUCAAAUUCAUCGCAUGAAAAUUUAUCGAUUUGAAAUUUUCGUUAAAUGUUUUGUUUUUAUGUGAUAAAUGGAUUAAGUGAAUUCAGUGUUUUUUUUGGUCGAGUUGUUUGUAAAUGUAUUACUGACUACAUUAGGAUGAAUAUUUCUUUUACAGUGCAUCCGUUCGUUCGUUUUAUUUUUUAUUUUUUGUGUACGUGCAAAAUUGUAUUAUUAUUUCGUAUGUAUAUUUGUAGCCAUUGACAACACACACACACUUACAUAAUGUAUAACAUCGGACUCAGUUUAACUGUUACUAUCAUUAUCAUACAAAUUAUUAUUUCCAAAAAACAAAAUAAACUAACAAUACAGUCAAGUGAAUAAAUGCCGUAAAGUUGAUUGAAAGCUUUCUAAGUUGCAGAGAGCACAUUGAGUGUGUAAUUUUUCCUAUUAAUUGAACUGACCAUCAAAGGAUCAAAACUAUAAUCGCAAAAUUUGGUAACGCUUUGAAGUUGUUUUAACAACAACAACAAAGCAGAAGCUUUCGACUCUUUCGUUCAAUAUUUUCAACAGAUGGAGCCACGCUUUAAGUGUACACACUUUCUUGAAGUCAAUGUAUUAACUGUGAGUUAUAUAAAGGUCAUACCCACAGGGGUUAACUUAGAAUAAUUUUUAUUGUCGCUGCUCAGUACAUUUUUGAUUUUUGACCUGUGUCCGUUCAAAAUGAUUGACUCGUUUUUUAAUUUUCUGAAUAGUUUUCGGCAACAACGAUUUUCUGUUAUAGUAACUUUUAGUUGUCUUCGGCAAUUGCCUAUAAUCGAUGGUAUUUUACGACAUUUUUUCAUGGUAAAGUGGUACCACCCAUCAGAUUUUCAGUUAUUAAUGGUGCUGUUUAACACAGAUUUUUACCGGGUAUUAUGGCACCGUUGCAACUCAACACAGUCACGGUCCAACCGGUUAUAUCGGUUAAUUGGAAAAUACUUUUUAAAUUACUUUUCAAAUUAACUUAUUUAUCUCACAUGUGUGAGCCGCCUUUGACUAACCAAAACUUUUUGAAUUGAAUUUACCCAUUCACAAAUAACGCAUUGCACGCUCUGACAAAAUCGGACGCUUUAUACAUUGUCGAAAUUAUGCGUUCAAAUCGAAAACUGAAAUUCAUAGAUGGAGAUGCCCUAUAUACACUGUGUGCACAGUGCACACAAGGAAGCUUCAUCGUGCUAUCCAUCUGUUAAAACAUUAAAACAACAAAAAUGAUUUUGUCGUCGCGUAAUAUAACUGAACCUAGAAUGACUACACAUUGAUUUUUGUGCUUAGUAAUUUUCCAUUAUUUUAUGUUGUAUGUUCCAUUCAGCAAAUCUUUUUUUAUUUUAUUAUACUCAUAUAUUGACUACAACAUAAACAUUUCGAUUAAAUGAUUAAAUUAAAUACAAAAAAAAAGUUUAAAUUGUUAUAUCAGAACCAGUAUUUUAUACCAAAUCUCUAAUCAGUGUUCGAAAAGCUAUUAGGUUUAAGUAUUUACUAUAAGCUUGUGGUAUAAGUCUAAAUGUAAGUUGAAUUUUAUUAUGGAUAAACAAGAAAAAAUUACUUAACGGUUAAGUGAAGUAUAAGCAGACAACAAAGCAGCAGAAGAAAUACUCAGUCUUUGGAUGUGUUUAAGUAUUAAGAGUGAAAUUUUGAAUUGGGAAACGAAAAGAACAAGCAAAAAAAUUCUAUUGAUAUUAUUAUUACAUGUUGAAUGUCUCAUUUAUUAUUUAUUGAUUUUUUGUUGUUUUUUAUUUUCU